UAAGAGAGCAGAGAUAAGAAAUCAAGACUAAGGAAGAAUUCCAUUUAAAAUGAAACAAUUUGUAUUUUUUAUUCUAAUAUGGGGAUAUUUAGUAAAUUGCACGGUAAAUGGCUUGCAAUUUACAGAUUGCGGUUCUAAAACUGGCAAAUUUACCAGCGUUUAUAUAUCGGAUUGUGAUACGACCAAACAUGAAUGCAUUUUGAAGCGCGACUCAAAUGUUACCAUAAUUAUUGAUUUCACACUGGCUGAAAAUGUGAACGCUGUUAAGACUGUCGUUCAUGGUAAAGUGAUGGGUGUGGAGAUGCCAUUCAAUUUGCAGAAUCCCGAUGCUUGUGUUGGUAGCGGCCUUAUAUGUCCGCUAUCGAAAACGGAAAUCUAUGUGUAUACAGCCGUGUUGCCUGUUCUGAAAGCGUAUCCGAAAGUAAACGUUAUAGUUAAGUGGGAAUUAAAGGAUGAACAUGAUGAGGACAUCGUGUGUGUUGAAAUACCAGCAAAGAUACAAUAAAAUUAUUUAAAAAAUUCCCUUUUCCCUUUUACCGAGUAUUGCGAUAUUUGUAAUAUUGGUCUGUGGUCUGAGAGUAUGUAAGGAGAUAAGGUCAUGAGAUUAAAUUAAAAAACAAUUAUGGAAUAAAUUGAAAAAUUAAUUGAUACUAUUA